AGUUCUUAUUUUUCUAUAAGACCUUGGAAGGUCAGCUUAGUAUUUCUUAAGGACGUUGGCCCUCUUCUACUUCAAAAAACAAAAUAAAAAUACUACUACGUAAGUAUUUUUCUUGCCAACAACGGCUGUUUAAUUAAGCGAAUGAUAGUGGUAUCUGUAAUAGUCACCUGUAACGGAUUACCAUUUUCUUCAUAAGUGAUACAUUGGACUAUUAUAAAUAAUUAUGGCAAGUCGUAUCUUCAAGUCAGCUAAGUGCUACGGUCGUAAUUGGUCUGCCUUGACAUCUCACUUUCGCCGAUUUUGUAAUACCAAUCAGGAGGGUACGCCCGUUUAUAUACCCACUAAACAACCCGUUGUUAUUGAUCGCUACGGUGAGUUCCCAGUCGGAAGGUAUGUCGGCUCGUGGCCAGACUUCCCCCUUCAGUCACUUUCGUCAGAGGCAGCUGCAGAUUGGCCAGAUGUUCAACUAGGUAUUUUGCAGUCUCCUAGUGAUCACAAAUUUCCAUUUCCUGGCUUUGUUGGGCCGAAUGUGAAAAUACCCUCCUCCAUAAGUCUAAAUAAUAUUUUGACUGAGGAAGAAGUGAAUGGACUAUUCCCCACUCAAUUUGAUAAGCACGAUUCGGUUAUUGCUAAUUUACAAGCAGAAAUGGAGUCAAAAAAUUUACGCCCUGUUGAAUGUGUUGCAAACACAAGCAAUUCUCGAAUAAUGAAAGAAUUACAACCUCUUUUCCCUGACAGAAAAUUGCCAGAAGAUAUUACAGUUAUAACUAUGUCUCAAAAAACUGAUAAUGAUAUGACUACAUGGAAUAAUAGUGUUGAAGAGGAGAGAGAGCAGCUACUUGAAUCUUUUAUCGAAGGAGCCCAAGAUAUCUGUCGAGCUCUUGAAAGUUCAGGAUAUUGGGCUGACUUUAUUGACCCUGCUUCCGGCAAACCUGUAAGAAUUAUAUACAAAGUAUUGCAGCUAUAAUUAACACUCAAGUAAUUUUAAAUAUUUACAGUUUCUUAGUAAAACUCACACAAACAAUACUCUCUUUGAAACGAACGAAAUCUACAGAGAUUUGGGUUUCGAAAUCGAUGAUUUGGGAUGUUGUAAAGUUAUCAAACACGCAAUAUGGGGUACUAAGGCAUUUGUUGGACUGAUAGCAACUGAUGCUCCGAUGGAUCAUCCUGCAAUAGCUGCUUUUAACUGUUCAUGAACUUUUGAAAAUAAACCUAUCCAAGCUAUCUUCUUCAAUAAGUAAAUUGAUAAUAUCUGCAAUAUAAUCGGAAAUUAACUGUUUAAGUUUUUCACCAUUCGUUUGGAAAUUAUAUAAUUGACAUUGUGUGCAUAGAAUUAUGUUGACAAUCUAUUUAAAUUGGAAUCUUUAAAUAUCAAAUUAUUAAGUAUAGAAUCCUAUAAAUAUAAAAAUUAGCAAUUAUUCUGUUUCUUAUCACAGAAA